CAGCUGCAGCAGCAGCAGAGCCAGCAGCAGCAGCAGCAGGAGCAGCAGCGGCUGCAGGCGCUGCAGCAAGUGCAGACCCUGCGCAGCCACGUCUUCUGCCGCCGCCGGCCGUCCUGGCCGGAGGUCGACCCGCGCGCCACCUCGGGUGUGCAGGAGACGGAUGGCUCCUUCUUCGAGAGCUACACGGCGCUGUCGUGGAAGCAGGAGAACCGCCGCCUGAUGGUGGCCAGGGAGAGCCAGGAGCGGCCCGGCGCCGGCCUGUGGGACCCCAACCUGGAGCGGGGCCUGGGGCCGCCGCCCCCGCCUGGGGUCUGGUGGCCGCCCGACCCUGACCUCCGCGACCACCGGGAGGCCUACGCCAACGAGCAAGAGGACCUGUACGUGGAGGUGCUGUACACGCUGGCCAACCGCGUGGGCUCGCUGGGGAGCCACGGCCUGGGCCACAGCCUGGGCCACGGCCUGGGCGUGGCGCCGCCCAAGCAGGUGCACCAGAGCCAGCUCCACGACUACGUGCGCGCCGCCUUCGGCUUCACGCCGGAGCAACACCGCCGCCUGCUGGCCGUGGCCAGGGAGGAGAAGCCGCCCAUCGUGGUCCUGAACGUGGUGGUGCUGGAGGCCGAGGGGCUGGAGGCCAAGGACGCCAACGGCUUCAGCGACCCCUACUGCAUGCUGGGCAUCCAGCCGACCGCCGUGCCGCCGGCCGCCAGCGCGCCCAGCAGCACGGGGCUGACGGUGGGCUCGUCCCACAGCACGCCCGCCUCCCCGCAGCAGUCCACCGAGUCGGACGAGGGGCCGCCGCACCCAGAGAAGCUCCGGAAGCACCACAGCUUCCGGCUGAGCUUCAAGCGGCGCGAGGGCCGCGACCGGCCGCACCGGGACUCCAUGUCGGCGGCCGUCCCCGCCAAGUUCAUCCGGGCCACGUCCGUCAAGCCGGCCACACUCAACCCGCGCUGGAACGAGAAGUUCAGAUUUGACAUCGACGACGUGAACAGCGACAUCUUGCACCUGGAUAUCUGGGACCACGACGACGAGUCCUCGGUGCUGGACGCCGUCUCGCGGCUCAACGAGGUGCGCGGCGUCAAGGGCCUGGGCCGCUUCUUCAAGCAGAUCGCCCAGUCCGCGCGCUCCGGCUCCACCGACGACUUCCUGGGCUGCGUCAACAUCCCCGUGGCGGACAUCCCGUCGCAGGGCGCCGAGUCCUGGUUCAACCUGGAGGCGCGGACGCACCGCUCCAAUGUGCAGGGCCGCAUCCGCCUCAAGAUGUGGCUGUCGACAAGGGAGGACCGCGGCACCUCGGAGGAGGACAACUGGCAGGACCUGCGUCAGCAGGAGCGCCUGCACGAGGUCUUCAUCGCCCACGAGCUGCACGAGUACCACCACAACCGCACCUGGGAGUGGCGGGGCGAGCUGGGCGCCAACGCCCUGGCCGUGCUGCACCAGCACGCCAUCCAGGGUGACGUCACCGACCUGCAGCUGGCCAUCGUGCGCUUCGCGGCGUACGCGCGCGUGGCGGUCGUCACGCCGCUGGACCACGCCAUCAUCGUCAAGCUCAUGCACGACCUGGAGGAGCAGUGGGACUCGGGCCCGCUGUCCAGGGAGGAGGAGGACGCUCUGGCCGAGGCCUUCAACCUGUGGACGGAGCACGCCCUGCUGCUGGUGCGCCGCCACCGGCUGCUGUACCCGCCGCGCUGCAGGGAGCUGUGCGGCCGCCUGGAGAUGCUGCUGCGGACCGUGAGCGCGCUGGGCCACACGCGCGCCAUGGCCAAGUGCUGCCCCUUCAACAAGGACCUGCGCGCCGAGCUGGGCUGCGCGCUGCGCAAGGCCGCCACCGACUGGUACGACGAGCUGGUGGACCCGGUGCGGGACACGCUCAACCUCGACGACAGGCUGCACGCCCUGCUGCUGGCCGUCAACAAGCUGCUCGUGGGGCUGCAGGCCUCGCGCUCGGCCUACGACAACAUGUUCGUCUCGGUGAUGCACGUGCCCUACUUCUGCAUCACCUUCAAGCAGAUCGAGAAGCUGGUGCACGCCGACCUGUGCGCCCUGACCUGCUCCGUGCUGGGGCAGCUGCGCUGCGCCGAGCUGGGCGACGAGCCGGGCCCCGUGCAGCUGUGCACCAACGUGUUCGAGCUGUACCUGGCUCUGCAGGACGUGAGCGCCAUGGCCGAGUACACGGAGCGGUCCGAGCGCGGCUCGGUGGAGCGCGCCCCCACCACCCUCACCACCUUCUACACGUGGUUCGAGGCGGCGCUGCACCGCUGGCUAGACCUGGCGCACUUCAAGAUGUCGAACCGCAUCCGGCGCGCCGUGGAGAUGAACACGCUGUGCACCGCGGAACUCAUCGUCCGGCACACCACCUCCGCCAUGGACGUGUCCGCCUGCUUCUACCACAUCAACGAGUUCUGGAAGCUGCUUAACUGGCCGGACCUGGUCAGCUCCUACAACAUCGUCCACAAGAUCAUCCAGACCAUCAGCACGGCGGCGCUGUUCUACGCCGACCUGACCCACCAGAAGCUCAAGGACCAGGGCUUCUACGAGGACAAGGGCCCGUACCGCACCACGGACGACAUGUGCGCCGCCAUCAACGACCUGGAGUACGUGCGGCGCGCGCUGAACCACGUGCCCCGCGACCUGCACGUCGACAGCAUCCUGGAGGCGGUGGAGGCCGCCGAGAUGGCCGCCGCGGCGCGCCAGAACAGUGGCGCCUGGAAGGAGGACAUGUACGCCGCGCUGGAGCAGGCCGCCACGCAGAUGGAGCAGUACACGCUGCUCAUCAUCGCCCAGAUCGGCGCCAAGAUGCGGCCCUCCCUCAAGAAGGCCAUGUUCCACCUGGCCUGGUCGCCGGACUCGCUGCCCACGGUGGACGCCAUCUCGCCGCUGCUGCAGUACCUGGACUGCCACCUGCAGAGCCUCAACGCCGCCCUGCUGCCCAAGAACUUCGAGCGGGCGCUGUGCGAGGUGUGGGAGGUGGUGCUGCUGGAGCUGGGCCACCAGAUGGACGGCUCGUCGGGCGACAAGCUGCCCGGCUUCUACGACCGCCUGCACGAGGCGCUGGGACUGCUGCUGUCCUUCUUCCACGCCGACACGCAGGGCCUGAACCUGGAGGCCCUGCGCUCCGGCACUUACUUCAAGGUGGACCAGCGCCUGCAGUACCACCGCACCGACACGGAGCGCCUCGUGGACCUGUACCACCAGCAGCGCCUGCUGGCACAGCUGGGCUGCGAGUCGGCCGAGUACGGCGUGCUGGCCGUGCGCGCCUACUUCAACCACGACUCCCUGUGCGUCGAGGUGCUCAGCGCGCGGGACGUCAUCCCCCUGGACCCCAACGGGUUCAGCGACCCGUUCGUCAUCGUGGAGCUGCUGCCCCGCCGCCUCUUCGCGCACUGCCUGGAGCAGACCACGCACGUGCACAAGAAGACGCUCAACCCGGUGUUCGACGAGUGCUUCGAGUUCUCGGUGACCCUGGAGCAGUGCCGCUCCGAGGGCGCCAUGAUCCUGUUCACCGUCAUGGACCACGACGUCCUGACGGCCAACGACUUUGCGGGCGAGGCCUUCCUGGCGCUGUCCUCUGUGCCCGGCGUGGCCGACACCAACUCGUCCAUCGACAACUUCCACGGCCUGAAGCACGCCGAGCUGCCUCUGAUGCACCAGAAAAACAGGAACCACCCCAUCCUGGAGGUGCUGGAGACACGCGUGCACGACCGCGUCGCCUUGGACUUCGUCAAGAAGCAGAAGCAGCGGCUGGCCACGACGUAGACAAGGAAGACAAGCAGGCCGCGACGCUGGGCGGCUGGGUGCCGUGUCUUUGUCUCCGUCUCCGUCUUCGUCUUCGCCUGUCUUCCUGGGCUUGGCAGGUUCGGUAGGCUUGGCUGUGUUUGCCCUGUUGCCCCCAGGCAGCGCUGCGGCCGCCGCGGUCGAGCCGAGCGCUGAGCGUGUGUGGAUUGGAUUGGAUGGGAUUGGUUUGGUCGGUUUGGUUGAAUGGGCCACGGCGCCUGCGUGCUGCUGUCAUGGCAUCGCGUGACUCGGUACCAAUUUACUGCUCCCUCAUUUUCCUCAGCACUUGAUUGGCAUUGUUCUUCAAAUAAUGGAGCAAAAGCUCCCCAGUGCGAGUAGGUGCAUUUUGUUGAGAUUGUGGAUUUGUUGGUGCUAGCCCAGCCUUGGCAGCCUUCCACGGUUUUCUCAUUCUAUCUGAGUGAGGCAAGGUAGUAGCAACAUCCUUAGGUGAUGAGUGCUAACUUUGAUAUGGGUCGAUUCAGUAUCAAGUUUUUCAUGGAUGAAAAUACAGAUAGUCGAUAUGGGGUUGUAAAUUUACUGCAGUGAAUUUUUCAAAUGGUGGAGUGAAUGAUUUUAAUUUUAGGAUGUUAAGCAUUUUAGAGACAGUUCCAACUGUCAAAUUGACUCUUCUAGUGAUUUUCAAUGUGACAUUGUGUCAAGUGUGUAAACGACUGAUGAACUAGGGUCAUUUGAUUCUCUGUCAAAGAAGCAUAACUUUAUUGUCAGGCUGUGCAAAAGCAGUUUCAGAAAGAUGACAAUAUUUGAAAAUGUGGCUUUGUGUCCCUUUGUCAGUUUAUCUUAAAAGACGCGAUCUUCUUGUAGAAUUCAAAUUUUCACGAGACGUUUCUGGUGUUGUUUUUGUAUCUGUGUUAUAGUAAACUAUACGCUUGAAUCAAUGCUGCUGAAAGCGGUAAAAUUACUAAUAAUUGUUAACCAAUAUUAAUAAAAGCUUAUAAGUUUUAGGUAGGUGAUCAUUGUACACCAAUUAAAAAAGCUUACUGUCAGCUUACUGUCCUCACUGAAUGUAAACCUUACUUUAUCCUAAGUAUAAAUUGCUUGCACCAAUGCAGCAAAUAUUGCAAUUUGCAAUUGCUAAUUAGUUUCGUGGGAGACCACCAGAAACAUACCUACUUUGUCCAAGAGCUUUGAUGAGCUUUGCUUGGUACUCCAAUAUUCUCCCAUUAAUGAGUAUCUCUUGUGCAAGCCCAAGGCCAAGCUCAAAAAUUUUAAUUUUCAAAUUGCUUCAAUGAGUAUUAGACAACUAGGAAUGGGUUCUAAGGUACGGAGAGGAGCAAGGUCUUGUAUUCCAGCUUCACAUGGAGUUCUUCCUCCUAUUGUUCAUACCACAUCCUUUUGCUCCACCUCUUGUUUGGUGAAAGGUGUUUUCCCUCAAAUGAAAUCGAACUUCCCUUCGGGAACAUGCCCAUUGUUGAGAACAAUACAAAUGCAUGAAAGAGAAAGCUGUGAUUUGUCUACUUUAAGCUUUUGUGUAAGUGUGGUGAACUGUACUCUGUAUGAUUUCUAAGUGUAUGUAGAUCUCUACCUGACCUGCCAAUUUUCCACUUUUGUAAAUAUGAACCAUUUCGUACCAAACUACUGGUAUCCAGCAAAUUCCAUACACUAGAAGUCACACCGUGAUAAAAGUCUGUGGUUAAUUGUAAGGAUAUCCUUCCUUCUUUUCGUAGAGUGCUUUUUAGUAUAAUUACUCUAUUCAUAAAUGGUAUACUUGUAUACUUGUAUAUUCCCUUACUGGUCCAGAGGAUCAUUUUCUACUGAUCUAUGGUCACAUUUUAAAUUGGCAAAGAAGCACUCAUUUGUUUAACUGCUGUCUUUUGGUUGUAGUAUUGGGCUAUAUGAGGUCUCGCAUGUAAAGCAGAGACAGGAAUUACAUAUACGUAAAAUACUGAUAGUAAAAAAGUAAAACCUUGCUGAUAUACUCCAGAAACAUGAAAUAGAUGCAUGUUUACCCAUCCCCCCCCCCUUUUUCUCUUGCACAACUAAAAAAUUGAUCUUUGUGUCUAGUCACAUACUGACCAUGUCCCCCCCCCUCUCAAUCAAACGUGCUUUAAUUCAUAGUGUAUAAUAUUCUGUCUAUUUUUAAGGAUGCAUCUCUG